CGUAGCUCUUAGGGCUGGAUUCUAUAGAGUAGUCUUGGUUUACUAUUUACUAUUUUUAAGAAUAAACAAAUGGGAAUAUAUUGCGGUUCAUUUUAAAAUUAGAUCUGGGUUUAUUGUACGGUUUUUUAUGACGUUCCAUGCGAUCGCUUUGUCACAGCCUUUUUAAUCCGUGCAUACAGCCAAUGAAUCUGGAAUGAUAACAACAAGUGGAAACUACGCCUAUGCUUUCAAAACGCAUUUUUUGUUUCGUUUUUUUAUCUCUUUCAUAGGAUGAGAAAUUGGACUCGCAAAUGUCCUGCUUUCCAAAUCUAUUGACAUGGCGUUUCUCCAAGACGCUCAACUGGUGGCAACUAUUGCGUUUGUUGAACAUCCGACACAGUUGACUGUCCGUAAAAGGUAAUUGGGCUCCAGUUGCAAUAAUUCAUUGAUAAUAUUUUGAAUUUACAAACAAAUUCGAGUAUUAUUGGAUGCAAGCUGUUUUCUAUGUACGUUUCGAGAAUGGGUGCGAACAACCCAAUUACCGCAGCGCCUCAUCCCAAACGACAGAUGUUGUAGCGUCCAUUUCUCUAUAUUUAGACUGCGUCGAGGAAAAAUAAGAAACUACAUAAUUCCUCCUUUUCUUUUAGAUUUUGGUAAAUCUUCCUUGUUGUCGUUCCAGCACGAUGCAGAUACUACGCGGUGUGCACUCUAUUCCUGGCCAUUUAUAUUACAAAUCUGACAUGGUCACUGAGCUCUCAAACCCUUUUCGAGCGAGGCAAUGAAAUCUACGAGACAAAUCUAAACUGACUACUUUUGGCUACUAAUAGCAACUGUAGAGAACAUAAUGAAAUUUGGCUCCACCAACAUGGAGAUUGCCGUUUGCAACCGAAAAGAAGGUCGUCUUUUCGUACUGAAUCCGUCGCUCUUUAGUCUACAACAGAGAAAACAAUGGACAGUGUUGGCAUUUUAACCCAAAACGAAUUUCAAGUUAAAUGUCUCGUUCAGUCCUAAUGCCCUUUCAUCACACAUCACUUCAUUACACUCAGAGUCGUCUGCAUUCGAGUUCCAUAUUCAACAUUCCACAUUCUAUUCAAUAGUACAGCCUUCGCAUUGUACCACAUAGGCAGACGCAGCGUGUGCGGAAUAUAAUGCACGUUGAAAACAACAAUUGCGAUGGCACGUCGAUUGCUCCCUGCAUUCCCCACUCGACCAACUGUCUCUCUCAUAAGCCAAUUUCACGAACGGACGACGUGACAUUCUUUGCGCCAGCGUACACCGACGUCGUCCGUCAACAGCUUCGCGCCUGUCAGCCCCACUCCGUAUAAAAGCACUUGACUUUACUGGCCAUCCUCCAGUUCGCUUUGUUAGUGUUGAACACAAUCGGGACGAUCAUGUCCGUCUUAUUGGUGAUGAUUCUAUUUUUCACGACAGCAUUCGUCCACGAUUCUGUCCAGCAAUCGCCCGAUUAUUUAGAUGAACCACUCGAUUGGCGAAACAGGUCGGCCAGCCAUCGAGACGGCCAGGGCGAUCGUCUACAUCGACACGGCCACGCCAAGCGAUCGGUCGAUGAUUUCAGCGAUGACGAGCGCCACAUUUAUGCACUGACGCUGGACCCCGAUUCGAAAUUCAAACUGUCCUGGACUCCCGAUUUUCAGCGUCAACAGGUCAAAUUUCACGUCGACAUUAGCCAUUCUGCACCGCAGUCGUGGUUCGCGUUAGGAUUCUCCGAUCGCGGUGAUUGGCCAGGAGCCGAUCUUUGCAUCGGAUGGGAAGACUGGAAAGGAUCUCUCGUCGUUCAGGACGCCCACGUUGACGUUUCAGGAAUAAUCCACGUCGACGAGCAUCACAAUGAUUGCCGGAGGGCGUCUUACUCACGCCGUCAAGACGGCCUUGCCUCGCUGGAAUUUGUCCGAUCCUUUGAUACUUGCCAUCGGCUUCAAGAGGAGAAAGAUUAUCUCAUAGAAGAUGGAACUGUGCACGUCGUCUACGCAUCAGGCCCUGGACCACUUUACAGGAUCAAUGGCGUUUCGCCUUCGGACGAUGACGUGGGAUUCCAGCGGACUCGUUUACUCAAACCUGCGACUGGCCAGGAACAUCAGAAAACCAACGAUCCACUUCAUGCUCUGCUGAUUGCCAAUGUCCAGUUAAAUAUUCCGGCUCAAGAAACGACGUAUUAUUGUCGUGUUGUCCGUCUACCACAACAAUUCAUCCGGAAGCACCACGUGGUCCAGUUUGAGGCGGCAAUUCAAGAGGGUCGGGAGUCUCUCGUCCAUCACAUGGAAGUGUUCCAUUGCGAGGCACCACCUGACGAGACGAUUCCGGAAUAUCGAGGCCCGUGCACCGAUCCCAAUCGACCUGAAUCGACUCGCGUCUGCAAACGAGUUUUGGCCGCCUGGGCAUAUGGUGCUGGUCCAUUUCGUUACCCUCCGGAAGCUGGAUUGCCCAUUGGUGGGCCAGCAUUCAAUCUCUACAUUAUGCUAGAAGUCCAUUACAACAACCCAACUAUACGUGGAGAUUGGGUGGAUUCUUCGGGAGUACGUUUGUGGUACACGAACCAUUUACGUCAAUACGAUGCCGGUGUUAUGGAACUCGGUUUAGAGUACACUGAUAAAAUGGCUAUCCCUCCCGGACAGGAAUCGUUCACGCUGACGGGAUACUGCCUACCCCAAUGCACCGCCGUCAGUUUGCCAAAAACUGGGAUCACCAUCUUUGGUUCACAACUUCACACUCAUUUACUGGGCUAUCGAGUCGUGACUCAGCAUUUCCGGGCAGAGGACGGUAUGGAAUUGGCCGAACUUGAUCGUGACAAUCACUACAGCACUCAUUACCAAGAGAUUCGUUUGUUAGCCAAUCCCGUCAAAGUCUUUCCGGGAGAUGCUCUAUUAACGACGUGUUGGUUCGACACGACAGACAAACUGAACGUCUCACUCGGUGGUUUCUCCAUUUCGGACGAAAUGUGCGUCAAUUACGUCCAUUAUUUUCCGCGCAUCAAUUUGGAAGUCUGCAAAAGUUCAGUCAGCUGGCAAGCCUUGCGCAACUACUUUCAAUUCGUCAACCAAUGGGACAAGCAGCCAACAAGUCCAUCUAAUGGCGUAUCGGAUAAUUAUCACGCCAUCGAGUGGACUCGACUGAGAGCCGAAACGCUUCGUGAUUAUUACUCGAUGGCGCCCAUUUCGAUGCAAUGCAACCAAUCGAGUGGCGAACGAUUUCCAGGCAAUUGGGAAGGACUUGCAUCUCCUGGGCUUCCCCUUCCACUGCCAGACACGAGAAACAACGUGAAACCGUGCGAAUCACGUGAUGACACGCAAGACGAAUACGUUCCCGAUUGAAACGUAUGCAGUAAAUAUUUAAGUGCAGGGAAGCCUGCUUGACACGUUAACGUAGUAUAUACAAACUAGUCCUAAAUAGAACGGGGAAUAGUCAAAUAAACGAUACACACACUUGGA